AUGUCAGUCUUCAUAACGUUUACUGAACCUGAGUUGCUUAAAUCCAGUAUCGGAAUGUUGGCGGCUCGUGGUGUCUCAUUGGGUCUUGGCAAAAUAAACUUGUCAGAUUUGAACCAAUUACCACAGGAUCGAAUACUUGCUGCUCAAUACAAAAAAUCACAAGAUGCGAAAAACAAGAAGCCAAAAAUUAUCAUCAAGAAGAAAGCGGAUGCAAAGGUCAGUUGGUUUCUCUUGAAGUUUUUUGAUUCGAUGGCCCUCAAAUUGUACAAAGUCACGAGAAGAGACGAAAAUAAUUGGGUCGAAUUGAAAAGGGAGAAAUGUUGCAAAAUGAACAAAAAAUAA